GAUGAUGUGAUCAGUCAGUUUUUAUUUUUCUCAGCUCAGGCAUAAUUCUCAGUCGAGUUAUAGCCGGUGGUCGCGUAAUCGCAUAUGAAACAAUCGCAAGACAAAGUUUGUCGCUGUCAUUUGUUUCUUUCAAUAACUUAUUUCAUUGGAUUCGAUAAUAAUUGUGGAAUUAUGAAAUACCCUAAUUAGGUUAACGAUUGAGUAUACUUCUUUACGAAUAUAGGUAUUUCAUUUUUGUCUGCUUAUGAUAACACCCGCAUAAGAAGAUAACGCGAUACAUUAAUUUCUUAUCAUAAAGUUGCAGUUGAAAUUUUAGUAUAGUGAUUAAAAACAAGAAAAAUGACUACAGAAGCUGAAGAAAAAGCUCUUCGUUACAGGAGGGCUCAAAGUGUAACUAGGGCUGAAGAAAUAACGGAAAAAGAGAAGAAAGCUAGAAGACUACAAGUAGACAAACCAUGCCAUAAACCAAGAGAUUCAUUAUUUUCAUGGAGUUCUGAGUUCACAAACUUUACCGGUCUUGUAAACUGGGGGUUUUUGAUGCUAACUAUUGGUGGACUACGGCUGUGCCUUGAAAACUUUUUGAAGUAUGGAAUAUUAGUUAAUCCCCUUGAAUGGAUCAUCGUAUUAACUGGUUAUAAUGAAGGACGCACUCAACAAUAUCCAUCUAUAAUUUUACUUAUAUUCAGUGUUGUUCCUGUAGUUCUUAGUUUGAUAAUUGAAAGAGCUAUAUCAGUUGAUAUACUCAGUGAUAAAAUAGGCCUCAGCCUGCAUAUUUCGAAUAUUGUAUUCCUGAUCAGCUUGCCCGUGGUUGUGUUGCAUUUAAGAAGCCAAGAUUUUAGUUUUGUUGGAAUCACAACAGUGUGUAUGAUAUAUCUGAUUUUGUUUUUAAAAUUAUGGAGCUAUUCUCACACAAACUACUGGUGCCGCAGCAGUCUUAGAAAAUGUUUACUUAACAAAAUACUAUUUGCAGAUGAACUCAUGAACGCGGAACAUGAGCAAACCUUGGAUGAUGAGAGUGAGGCGGCGGCGCGCCUCGUGCAGUACCCCGACAACCUCAACCUCAAAGACUUGAUAUACUUUCUGUUUGCACCCACAUUAUGCUAUGAGUUAAAUUUCCCGCGCACUACACGAAUCCGAAAGCGAUUUCUUAUUAAAAGGAUUGUUGAGGUUGUUUUCGGUGUCAAUCUCGUUAUGGCGUUAUUCCAACAAUGGAUGAUACCCACUGUUACGAACAGCGUACAUCAGUUCUCCGAGAUGAAUAUGAUUAAAAUGGCGGAAAGGCUCUUGAAACUCGCUGUUCCAAACCAUUUGAUAUGGUUGUGUUUCUUCUACCUGACGUUCCACUCGUUCUUGAACUUGAUGGGCGAGCUGCUGCACUUCGCGGACCGCAACUUCUACAGCGACUGGUGGAACGCCAACAACAUCGCCACCUUCUGGAGCGCGUGGAACCGGCCCGUGCACCUGUGGGCGCUGCGCCACGUCUACAUACCCAUCACCGAGAGGGGCUACGGCAGGUCCAAAGCCAGCAUCGUCGUCUUCUUCUUGUCAGCUUUCUUC